AUGAUGGGUGCAAGAGUUGUCACAGGCCGGAGCACCACCCAGGAUCUUGCACAGCAGCACGAUGGAGUCAGUGAUGUAGUGGAAACCCCCUUCAAUCAGGCGUCCUGCUGUGGACUUGUUUCUUGGACCAGUGGCUGCCACUCUCUGACAGAGUCUAAGUGUAGCCGCCUGCUCUACAUCCUCCUCCACGUGGGGGCCUCAGCAAUCUGCUGCCUCCUGCUUUCAAAGACAGUGGUAGAAAGGGUCUGGGGCAAAGCACAUGGGAUCCAGAUGCCCUCAGCCCUAUGUGCCCACCUGUUUGGCAACUCUGAAUGUCCAGUGCUCAGUGGCUCUGGCGCUGUGUAUCGAGUAUGUGCAGGAACUGCCACCUUCCACCUGCUGCAGGCUGUGCUGCUAGUGCGUCUCCACUCCCCCAACAACCCUCGGGCACAGCUGCAUAACAGCUUCUGGAGCCUCAAGCUGCUGUUCCUGUUAGGUCUCUGUAUCAUUGCCUUCCACAUCCCUGAUGAGCAUCUCUUCCCAGCCUGGCAUUAUAUUGGCAUCUGUGGAGGCUUCACAUUCAUCCUAUUACAGCUGGUGCUUAUCACAGCCUUUGCCCAGUCCUGGAACAAGAAUUGGCAGACUGGUGCAGCUCAAGACUGUAGCUGGUUCCUAGGUGUGUUACUGGCCACACUAGGAUUCUACAGUAUAGCAGGUGUGGGAGCUGUGUUACUGUUCCACCACUACACACACCCUGACGGUUGCCUGCUCAACAAGAUGUUACUCAGUCUGCACCUUUGCUUCUGUGGCCUCCUGUCUCUCCUCUCCAUCGCACCUUGCAUCCGCCUCAAGCAAUCAAACUCCGGCCUGCUUCAAGCCUCUAUCAUCAGCUGCUAUAUCAUGUAUCUGACCUUCUCUGCACUGUCCAGCCGUCCCCCAGAGACAAUAAUCUUUCAAGGACAGAAUCACACCUUGUGCCUGCCUGGCCGGAGUAAAAUGGAACCACAAAUACCGGAUACCUCAGUAGCAGUGUUUAGUGCUGGCAUCAUGUAUGCUUGUGUGCUCUUUGCUUGCAACGAGGCUUCCUACCUGGCUGAGUUAUUUGGACCCUUGUGGAUUAUCAAGGUUUACAAAUAUGAGUUCCAGAAGCCCUCAGUCUGUUUCUGCUGUCCCCAAACAGUGGAGCCAGAAGAUGGGCAAAGGAGCAGGGCCAGGCCAGCUGACCAGGAGACCCCUCCAGCUGCUCAGGGGCAGAGCCAGCAUCUUUCCUACAGCUACUCUGGCUUCCACUUCGCCUUCUUCCUCGCUUCUCUCUAUGUCAUGGUUACCCUUACCAACUGGUUCAGCUACGAGGAAGCAGAACUGGAGAAGACCUUCACUAAGGGUAGCUGGGCUACCUUCUGGGUUAAAGUUGCCUCAUGCUGGGCCUGUGUCCUCCUCUAUCUGGGGCUGCUCCUGGCACCACUGCUGGCUCCCCACUCAGAAGCACCACCACCCUAG